AUGUAUGUGGGUUCACCUUCAAUAUGUCAGCUUAUACUGCUAACUAACCCUAACGGUGUGGCUACAAACCCUUACGAGGUUAACGUUGUUGGUACCGAUCUCAACCCAAUCUUGAUUGAUUUCUUGAACAGCAAGGCAGGUUGUAACCCUGGCCCUGACCCUAAGACGACAAAGAAGAACUCAUCAGACUUGUUUGCGUGUUACGCAAGCAGCGGUAACACAACGUUUAGUGAUCAAGUUUCACUUUAUGUUUGCAAAGGAACGAGAAAAGGGCAUUACUCUCUCGUGGUAACGACAGAGGCUGGAGGAAAAGAUGACAGUGGUGGUAGUGGUAACAUGAAGACACCAUCGACGGAGAUGAAUGACGGCAGCUGAGGAGGAAAGUUGAGCCGGUGGAAAGUGGUGGUAGGUAGUGUGAUUGGCCGCAGUCUUUUUGGGUUGUUGGUGGUGGCGACGUUAGUGAAGGGCAAGAAGAAAGCAGAGGGAGAGAGAGUGAAAGAGAAGAGCUUAUGAUAUGAAGAAGCUCUUCAGGUUUCAAUGGUGGGUCAUGUUAGUGCUCCCACUGCUUCUGGAACUAGAACUCUUCACAUAAUGCUGGAUGAUAGGUAUAAAACACUCAUACAAAUCAUUAUCCAUAAUUAUAAUUUGUUUUCUGAUUGCCCCCUAAAAUUUUGAUGUGUUAAUUGAGUUUCCUAAAUACAUAUAAAU